ACACAUGUUAAAAUUGUUCUAAGGUAAGAACGUUCAAUCAUGAUUAAAGUAUUUGUGACUAUAUGUAUAUAGAUUCAUCAAGUAGUGCAUACAACACACUUUGUGCACGUGCCCUCAAUGAAAACAGUGAGGUCUCUUUGUCUAAUGUUAAUUUUAAAAUUGUUCAAUGUCGUUCACUCCUAUCACAUGGGUUCAGUUUUGACCAGAGAUACGGGCCUAUGAUUCUCAUUUAAAGCUUCUUUUGAGGAGGGUAACAGCAGAACUGGGAAGUUUAGCUACCCUUUUACCUGUUUUUGAAACGAAAGGCAAAACCCUAAAUAACAAUAAUUGAAUGAAAAAUAACAAUAAAAACUUGUCUCUUAAAUAAACCCUGUUUUUUUAAUCCGAUGAGAUGGAUAAGAUAAGUAGCAUUUUGCAGGACUUAACAGUUACAUAGAAAAUGUUAUGUCGAUAUAAUCUAAUCUCUCGCUCUGUUUGACCGCUUGGCCGUGCAUCAGGGUGCAUGGGAGUUCUGAAAUAUCCUGACGAUGGACAUCGCGCGGAGAGCCGAAGUGAUCGCGGACGACAAGGAAGUCAUAUUUUACGGGCAUCUGUUAUGAUCGAAGCUACAAUGCAUUAAAUGGGAUUGCUUUAAUUAUCAUGCUAAAAAACGAAGUUAUUAGUAUAAUGUGAGAGUAAAUAAAAAACAAUUAAUAAUUCAUCUAAGAUGGGUAGCCUGUGGAGUGACAUGACUUCCGUAGUUUCGCAUAAUUCAAGCGCCCUUGUGAGCUCUUUGUCGGACGCUCGGGCUGCCGAACGCAAUGAAUACGAUUAUCCAAAUGGAAAAGUUAAAAUCCUGAACACGAACUGUUCUUUGAUUAAGUUUUGCGUCUUCGAUCCUGUCAGCAAAGCGGCUUCGAAUUGGGCCAUAUAGUCCACAAUCAAAGACCGGAGGCACUGAGAAUAGAGAAUUCAAGGUAAUGGUGGCAACUCCUCUUCAGCGCGCAGCUGCCUUGGGCUCUAUUGAAGAAGCAGAGAAACUGAUAUUAACUGGUGCAAAACCGGAUGUUCAGACCAGGCGUGGCCGCUCUGCACUUCACUAUGCGUCGGAGAAUGGGCAUGAAAAGAUACUGACGCUUUUGAUAACGUCAGGAGCACAAGUCGACCUUCCUAACAAAUGGGGAAGGACAGCGCUUCAUUAUGCUGCCAGUAAGCACAGGGUAAAUUGUCUUAAAAUUCUCAUCAAGAAUGGGGCAGAUCCGAAUAAACAGGACGUAGACCACCAGACGGCGCUUUACCACGCGGUAGCUGCGUCAACGAGACCUCAACAAGAAGACAAAGCUCUUGAUACUGUUGCAGUUUUAAUAUCGGGUGGUGCAAGUUCCAACAUUCCUGACAAAAGUGGAAUAACACCACUUCAUGUGGCCGCCGAACUCGGCAACACACAGAUCUGUGUUCAUUUGAUGGAAGACGGAAGAGCCCAAGUAAAUGCAAUCGACCAGCAUGGGGCGACACCGCUGCACUAUGCUGUUCACCAAAGUCGUUGGCAUGUCGCAGAAGUCCUUCUUACGUUUGGUGCUUGUUCCAAUGUCCAGGACAAUGCAGGCCUCUCGGCAGAUAGCCGCAUAGAAACACGCGGGUAUAUUGUAGCUGUUGAUCUAAAAACUCUACCUUCAGGCGGACGUCAAGGGCAUGCAGACAGCGGGUUUAAAGAAGAGCAUUCGCGUGAACUUCGAUGCUACCUUAGAGAUGAAUUCGGCAGGCCUAUUCCGUUUGAUGAGGAGUUUGGUGAAAGACGAAAAUUUGGAGCUGGGGAAGCACUUCCUACAGAAAGAAAUAAAGUGUCACUGUUAACCGGUGACCUGAUGAUGGUGGUUGAUGUGAACUCUUGUCUCAUCAGGCUAAACGAAACAGAGGGUUUAGGGCUUGUAAAGCGAACUUCAGAAGUAGAGAGAAUAGAGAGAGACAUCAGUAGUUAUAUCAAGGCUGCAUUGGAAAGCAUGAUCCUGGAACAACCGAGGUUUCAAUGUAAUCUUCUCCAAGCUGGUAGCACUGCGGAAAAUACCAAGGUUGGUAAGCCGGACGAGAUCGACUUUAUGUGCAUUUUGACUGAAUUGUCGAAAGCUAGCUACCCUUACGAGUCACCCAGUGAUCCUCCUGGAUAUCUGAGAAUUCGAAUGCACAGCCAGGAAAUGGAAAGGUGGAAAGACUUCUUAGACAGCGAUGGUUUUCUGCUCGCAGAGAAACUGCAUCUACAAUUCCAUUCUCUUUUUGACCUACACUCAGAGAACGCUGAUCUGACGGCAAUGAGCACGUGUCUACACAAGGUUCGAGACUACAGUCACCAGGCAAAGGGUGGUGUGACUGUGGAUAUGUCCCAGACUAAGCCCGGGUCGCGGUUGUUCUUCCUGUGGCGCGGAUGUCAGUUCAAGCGGGUGGUGGUCACAGUUGAUCUCAUUCCCGCUAUUGAAAUCGCCGGUUGGCCCAAUAGUGCCAUGAGACCUCCAGACACGGGAUCGGAACAGUACCAUGUCAUUCCAAAAGUUUCCCCAUCAAUUCAGAACAGUCCAAAUGCUGGAUUAUAUUGGCGAAUUUCGACUUCCAUGGCUGAGGAACGAAUUUUCUGCGCAAUGGAUAGCUCUCCUCGCUCCUGUUAUACAAUAUGCAAAUCUCUGAUGCAAUGCCCUGAUCCACACCUUCUGUUUCCUGAAAACGUGUGCGCUGCAAACAAGGAACUGCGACUACUAAUGUUCACUGUACAUCGUUUACGCUUGUAUGACGACUUUAUAAACUCGUAUCUAAUCAAGAUGAUUUUUUGUCGAGAGAGAAUGGACCAAAAAGAAAAGUCCAAUUGGUGCUGGAGUGCGGUUGGAAACCGGGUUUCAGAGAUACUCAACAAACUGAUGAAAGAACUGAAGCAAGGCUAUGUUCCGUCGCAUUUUAUUCGCGAUUAUAACGUGCUAACCAUCUCUCGCUAA